AUGGUUUACAGAGGAAAGCCCAGCCCAGGGUGUGCUCUAUGCCGGAAGCGGCGCCUAAAGUGCGACCAGGAGAGACCUGCAUGCUCCCAAUGUCUGCGGAUAGGUAAAGAAUGCCCCGGAUACCAAGACCUCCAAGCUCUUCGCUUCUUUGAUCAGACGGCCGCUGUAACCACCAAGGCUUUGGCCAGGGCUGCCAGUACCCGCAAGGCGGGUCGAUCCCCCACUGCAGACACUGCAAAGAGUUCGAAGACACCGCCGUUGAUUGAAGGGCCCACCACCCACAUUCAGGAACAAGCCAUGUCUCACAUCUUCAAGUACUAUGUCGGCACUAGUCAAAACCCCGGCAUUCUCUGCUAUUUGCCGAAUUCGCUGCGCACUGACCCCUCGGAUGCACUUCAAGCCACCAUGAAAGCCAUAGGACUGGCAUGCAUGUCGAGGAUCUACCACCGGCCUGAAUUGGCACGAUCGGCUGCAGAGGAGUACAGCAAAGCCUUGCGGGCCACCAAUACGAGUCUUCAGGAUGCAGUAUUAGCUACUUCGGACUCCACUUUGGGGGCUGUGGUCACGCUGAGUAUGUACGAGAUUAUUUCAGGCCAAUCACAGAUGAUGGACGCUUGGCUAAAUCACGCCCGAGGAGCGCUGAAGCUUCUCGAGUUACGAGGCAUGAAGCAAUUUGAAUCAGCGGCUGGGCGGCGCCUCUUCGCCAGCACACGUCUACAGAUUGCUAUGAUCAACAUAUUCUUCAGAACGAGUUGUCAUCGCUCGCCAACGAUAGCUGCAUUAUCAAAAUAUGCAAAAUCCAUUGGUGAUGCGGAUUCUCAGACAAUGGAAGACUUUUACAACAUCUUAGUCACAUACAACGAUCUCUCCAUAACAAUAAAGGAGACAUAUAACACCACUGGCUUCCGCGGAAACAUCGCACCUUUAAUCCAAGCAGCCCUAGACCUUGACGCCGACCUAGUCUCAUGGGCGACUUCUUUAAGCCCAACCUGGCAGUAUACAACCAUCAACACCCCACUGACAUUCUCACACUUCCGUAGCCACGACACGGAAUAUCACGUAUAUCCAAACGUCGACAACGCAGUGUACUGGAACCACUAUCGCCAGGCGCGGAUCAUUCUCCACGAGAUGAUCCAAGCAAUGUGCCUUCAUCAGGAAAUCCCUGAAUCACCUCAGCUCAUGCAGGAGUCGGUCUCCAUCAAUAAACAACUGGCAGAGGACAUUUGCGCUAGCGUCCCGUAUUUUUUCACUUCAGGCGACGCUGCCCUGGGAGCCGUCGCUCGAUUGCCAUGGCCUCUGUACCUUGCCUCGGACUGUGCGGGUAUAUCGCCUCACACGAAGGAUUGGAUCAUGCAGAUGCUCGACCUUAUUGCAACAUCUACGGGUGUGCAGCAGGCUCGUAUUCUGUCGCGACUGGUCAGAACGGGCAAUCACAGCUAUAUGUUGAUUCCUGGGAAGCCAAAAAGAGUUUGUAGAGAGGGGAGCGGGUAUUCCUCUUCCUAA